GUCUCUACGGACGUUUUGACUUUUCGGGACUGCGCGAACUUAUGCCACAGUUUGUUUGAAGAACUAAGACUGAGAUAAGAGGGAAAACUAAACACAAUAAAGGUGCAGGAAGAUGACAACUUCAAUCAAGAAUGAGGAGGCAAUAGAUUUGAGUGUCUUGUCCCCAGAAUCACAGAAUGCUGGAGAUUUCUUUCGAGACCUCGUGAGUGAAGUUCUGCCUGAGCUCCUGAGCCAUGUUGAGGGUCAAUCUAACCAAGACAAAGCACACAGAGUCAAGUUUGCGCUACAAAUGAUCUCCAAGGCGUACAGAUGUAAAUUAGGAGACACAGAUCCAUGGUCCAGAUCAGAAUGGGACGACUCUGCAAACCGCUGUGCCUAUGUGUUUCUGUACUACAUGCAGCAUUGCCACAUGAUGUACAUGGCACUGCAGCCUUUUCUACAACCAAGCCUCUCAGGUAUCAUUCAAAGAUGGAGGCAGAUGAAUCAUCUGAGGGUCUGUUGCAUUGGAGGUGGGCCAGCACCUGAGCUUGUGGGUCUGAUGAAGUUCUUUAUAGACACCAAUCUGAUCCCCAUAGCUAUGCUCAAGUGUAGCAUCUUAGAUGCAUUUCCAAGCUGGAAGGCGGCCUGGAAAGAAAUUCACAACAAACUGCCAGAGCCAUUCCCCGUUGAAUACUUCCGAUGUGAUCUUGUGAGGGAUUCAACAAUUGACUCCUUUGUAUUGGAUGCCAUCAGAAAAGCUGAAAUCUUAACUUUAGUCAAGUCUUUCUCAGCUGUGUUUGCCUUCAUGCGAGAUGAUCCAGAAAAAAGUGUUCUAUUUCAGGCUAUUCUACGUGAGCUCAAGCCAGGAGCAGUUGUUAUUUACAUUGACAAUGAGAAGAAUAAAGAAACAUGGGGAUGUUUCAGCAAAUAUGCUAAGAAUGCUGGGCUUGAUAUGUUGUAUGAAUGGCAUGGUAAUCCAGCCCUUCCAACCGGGGAGGACUCUGUCAUCAUCCAAAACUACUCCACGGCCCUGGAACUUCGCCCAAUGAAAUCAUGUGCAGUUUCUGUUGUACUUCUUCGCAAAACCCGACCAACCUUGUCUCUCCUAGAAACCACAGAGAUAAAUGGACCAGCAGUUGCUCAUUAUCCAGGGAAGUCGAGACAUUGGUACCUUGAUGCCAACUCACCAUGCCGUCCAUUUGAAGCUCAUAAGAUGGGUAAACUACAAGUGGAGUGGCCUCACCAUAAAGCGAAUUAAACCAAUGCACACGAACACACAUUACAAUCUUGACAUGUUGCUCAUUGGAAAUUUCCUAGUUACAUGGGCCGUGUCACACGAGGCAAUUUACUGGCAACCAGUUCCAGGCAAUCUCCAA